AUGGAGUUUCAUGCAAUAAUCCUUUGUGGGCCAGGUAGAAACUUAUCACCAUUCUCCAAAGUUAGAUCUUCAGGUCAAACCAAGGCCCUUUUACCGGUAGAAAAUGACACAAUGGUGGAAAAAGUAUUAGAUUGGUGUGAAAAAGCGUUCUUUUCUAAAGUUACCUUAAUUGUCGAUGAAGAUGAUGAAGAAGCCAUUCAAGAGUUCUUGAAAGGUUAUAAACUGUACAUUGAAAAGAUAAACGCCCAAAAAUCAAACGAAGAAGUUUAUUCGAAUGAUAUUAACAUUGUGUCAUUACCUAAAAUGGAGAAAAGUGGUUCUGUAUUAUAUUAUCUUUAUAAACAAGGUAUUGCACCUUUCAAGAAUUUUGUCAUCUUACCUUGUGAUUUCAUCACCAAUUUACCUCCUCAAGUACUUAUUGAAAAUUAUAGAAAUAAAAAUGAUACUGAUGUUGGGUUAAUUGUAUAUUAUAGAAACAAUUUAGAAAUUGAAGAUAAGAAGAAGAAAAUUUUCCCUACUACUUAUACCAUUUAUAAUGAAGAAAACAAUAAUCUUUUAGAUCUUUAUACUAGUGAAGAUAUUGAAUUCCACAAACUAUUAAAAAUCAGAACUCAAAUGUGUUGGAGAUAUCCAAAUUCUAUCAUCAGUAAGAAAUUAUUAAACAGUUCUAUAUUUUUCGGAUCAACUAAAAUAUUUGACAUUUUCGAAUCAGAAUCUAGAUUUAAUGAAUCUUAUUUCAACAAACAUUCCAUCAAUAAAAUCAUAAGAGAUUUAGCCAGAAGAUCAUGGAAACAUUCUCAAGCAUUAGAGACUAUUGGAUUUUCCAUUAUACCCGAUAUAGCUACUUUCUUCCGUAUUAAUAACAAUUAUACCUUAAUGGAAGCCAACAGGUACAAAAUGCAAGAACAACUCAAGAAACUUAUUGCUCGUGGAGUUACUCAACCUCCUAAAGAUAAAUUGUUAGCUAAUGUUGGUUUAGAUUCAUUAGUUGGCAAAGAUUCCGUUUUAGGAGAAAGAACUAAUGUGAUAAAAUCAGUUCUUGGUUCUCAUUGUAAGAUCGGUAAGCGAGUUAAAUUAACAGGAACUUUAAUAAUGAAUAAUGUAACCAUAGAUGAUGAUGUUCAAUUAGAAAAUUGUAUCAUUGGUAAUAAUGUUAAAAUUCACAGCAAAACCAAAUUAACCAAUUGUUUUGUGGAGUCUACUCAUGAAGUUCCUAAAGGAACCAUAACCAAAGGUGAAACUAUCUACAGUUUAUCAUUAGAAGGAAUAGUAGAAGAUUUUGAAUCUGAUUAUUCCGAUAGUGAAGAAAGUGAAGAGAGUGACGAAGAAUUCGAAUAUGGCGAUAAUUCUGAUGGUUUAUUUGACUAUUAA